CGAACAGCGCAUGCGUCAGUUAAUGGAGCUCCUUUUCCGGAAAGAAGAGCGAACGGUUACCAGGGGUUGGAGGUGUACUAUUUGGUUGUUAGAAAAUGACAGCCAUUACAAUUUCACCAGCUUCCCAUGGACUUAUACAAGUGGUGAACGAAAGUAAUUUGUGUAAAAUAGAAAGCUAUCUUAAUGACACCGCAUACAGGGAAUCCAUCGAAAAUGCUUCAAAUUAUAACAGCCGAUUAUGCAGGGAACGACGACUACGUAUGCCUUUCCUCGAUUCACAGACAGGUGUAGCACAAAAUCAUUCUUCGCUGUUUAUGUCAGCAAGAGAAAGGCUUCCAGGCUUGUUACACGGUCAAAUAUAUACAUAUCCCAGUAAAAGAUGGAGAAAAAAAAGACGACAGUAUCUAAUGCACUAUUUGCAUCCAAAAAGGGGUCCCAGAGGAGAUCCAGAAGAUGGCGUAGAAGGUGUAGAAACUGUAACACAUGUAAAUGAUGAUAGUAAAGAAUCUGUUGCUCUUAAAGGUAGAUAUAUUUAUAAAAAUAUGUAA